CCGUCAUGUUGAAAUGACGUUUCCAACAAUUUUUGGAAAUCUCAAAUCAAGAAUGGAAUGUAAACAUUGCAGAUCAGUUAGGUGUGGUAAGGCGUAGAGCGAGCGUGAUGUAUUCAGAUUAAGAGAUAGUGAGCGCUGUUAGUUGCAAUAUUAUUCGUUAAUUUUGUUGUCUCUCAUAGAGGGUAAAUUUGUUACUUUUUACCUACAGAAAGGUUAGGAUGUAGAAUGUCUUCCAGAUUUACGCACGCUAUUGUUUGUAGGGUCCCCGACUCAAUCAACAAAGCAAUUGGAGUUGAAAAUCCAAUUGACCUUGCAAAGUGUCGGAGACAGCAUGAAGCAUAUGUGCAAGCUCUUCGUGAUGCUGGUUUAGACGUGAUUGAACUUCCAGCUGAUGAACAGCAGCCAGACUGCACAUUUGUGGAAGACACUGCAGUUGUCUGCAAUGGAAUUGCUCUUUUGUGUAGACCACAGCCACCUUCUCGGAGGCAAGAGGUCAAGUACAUGAAGAGCAUCCUUCAAAAGGAACUGAACCUACCAGUAAUGGAGAUCAGUGAUGAAAGUGCAACGCUUGAAGGCGGAGAUGUUCUAUUUACAGGACGCGAGUUUUUUGUAGGAUUGUCUGAGCGCUCCAGCCGCUCUGGGGCUGUUGCCCUCGCCAAUGCCUUCCCUGAGUUCCCAUGUUCUCCUGUGAAGGUUGAUGGCGCUCUUCACUUAAAAAGUUUGCUGACAAUGGCAGGACCUGAUGUCAUCUGUGUGGCCAAAGAUAAGCAUGCCCAGGAAGUUUUGAAGCGCAUCGAGAGCUGCGCGAGUUUCACCUACAAGACAGUGACGGUGGACGACAUAUGUGCGGCCAACUGCGUCUAUGCUAACGGCACAUUGCUGCACCGCGCUGCGUCCGAGCUCCCUGAGAGUGCCAAGGUCAUCACAAGCAAGUUGGGACACCUGAAACUCAGAGGCUUAGAGUUCAGCGAACUGCAGAAAGCUGACGGGUCACUAACAUGUUGCAGCAUCCUAGUCAGCCAGCCUAAGCACCUGCGAUCACUUAGCUGAACUGUCUCACGUUCAUACAUCAUCUGCUCGUAUCAUAUCAAACAGGCCCAGUUUUCUUCGAUGGAUGCCAUGUAUCUUCAAUAUAAAUCUAUGGCUGGGUAGAAUUUUAGCUACCAUGCUGCGUUUUUUAUGUUAAAUUAAUGGGGCCUGAACAAUCAAGACAUCGCCAUUGGUAAAAAAAAUUGAACAUCUUGGCCAUGUGAUAAUUUCUGACUUGGAUAAUUCAUAUUUUAGCGCGUCUCUUGACUUGCAAGUGUUUUAUAAUGCUGCCUUCGAUUUAUUAUAAUGAGAUGAAACUCGUCUGGGAAUACAAAAAGCAACUACACGUUUUGUUUGGUCGAAGAUUGUGACAAGAAAAUGCUGGUCCUGGUUGGCUAGGUAUCUGGCUGUUCCUGCUCCCUGUUGAUCUUUUGUGAAAAUGUUAUUAAUUGCUCAUUUGCUGCAUUUAUUCGGCUGAGUUGCUGUUAAAUAUUGUUGUUAUUCAUCAUUUUUAUUGAAAUUAAUGUUAAAAUAAGACUCGGAUUUAUUAUGAUUAUGGUAUGGUAGAAGAGCUGUCUGAUCAUUUCACUAAUAUUUUAGUUUUUACGAAACAAUGCAAUCUUGAAUUUAUUGAUUAUUUCAGAUCUGAAUAUAUUAUUAUGGUGCCCUAAGGAGAAUAAUUACAGCUUAAGUUUCAACAAGGUUUUGCAUGGUUUCUAAAUUUGAUUUUCAGUGAUAAUGAUUCAGUGGUUCUUGCUCGUAUGUUCGUAAUAAGUUAACUGGUACAUCAGAUGCAGCAGGUAUAAGAUGGUCUACUUUAGAGGUACAUGAAGGAGUUACUAUCAAACAUGUGACCACGAAGGGCGCAGUGGUAGACACAAAUAAUCAACAUUUCCUGACUUGAGAGAGCGUCGGCUUCAUCUUCCUGAAAAUGAAAAGAACGUGAAUUUGGCCAUCGUUUUAUUUACGGUACGUUGUUCCACUUGUGUAACGAGUUAUUGAUCUAGGUAAACUUUUCGCUAGGUGAAGUAAUUUUAUCGGGACCAGACUUUUUCGUAGACUAUAGACUUGUGAUGUAUUAGUCAGGUCAGAACUGGGUUCCUCGUUGCUGCGUAUAAUUUUGUUGAAAUUUUUUUACGGAAAAUCAUAAAUUAAGCUUAGAGGAAGCUGAUUAUAAUAUUGAAUACAUUAAAUGGAUUUGUUCGUUACUUGCAUAGCAAUGAUAUUUGUCCUUAGUUUAAGAUGUGAAUAUUUCUUGCAAUCUUCAGAUUUUUUAUCUAUUUUUAUUUUAGUAGAAUUUGAAUUUAGCAUAACAUGGAAUUCCAUAUCAUGUCUUGCUUUGAUGUUUAUUGUGUCUAUACAAGCUAGGUUCAUGGAAGUUAUUAUGAUACUAAAAUUACAUUUUAUUGCAAGUUAUUGGAAUCUCAUUAGGUUGAAACCCUAGUCUAGUGAUAACUCCGAAUUUCUUAAAGUUUAUUUCUUCUCAAGUUAUCGCGAGUCAACAUCUUGAUAGACUCAAACAAAAUCUUAAUAUUUUUAAUAUUUGACUUCUAUUUAAAACGUAUAUACUUUAAUUGACGCCUGUUUUGUCGAGGCGUGAUGUCUUUGGCAUGGUUGAACUAUAUAAGGUUGACCCACGAGAAGUUCCGCCUUUCAG